AUGGGCUCCCUCCCAAUCACUGAACACGACGUUACCAUUACAUCCUUCGAUGUUACUGACCUGCGGUUUCCGACGAGUCUAGAUGGAGUGGGAUCUGACGCUAUGCAUGUUGGAACAAAUGGGUCACAUCCAUAUGUCCGACUGAAGACGAACCAUGGCGAUUUAACCGGAGAGGGAAUCGCAUUUAGUAACGGACGGGGAAGCGAGCUCAUCUGCCUAGCACUCGACAUCUUCGCACGGCGCGUCGUCGGAAGAACAAUGCAUGAACUGACCCGGAAUAUGGGCAAGACAUGGAGGUACAUGGUAUCCGACUCGCAAUACCGGUGGUUAGGCCCCGAAAAGAGCGUGACGCAUCUGGCUGUUGCGGGCGUGAUGAAUGCAGUGUGGGAUCUAUGGGGCAAGAUCCUCCGCAAGCCGGUAUGGAUGAUCGUCUGUGACAUGACCCCAGAGCAAAUUGUCCAGUGCAUCGACUUCCGCUAUAUCACGGAUGCCAUCACUCCAGAGGAGAGUAUUGAGAUGCUCCGAAAGACUCAACAGGGAAAAGCAGCGCGGAUGCAAGAAGCCUUGGAGAGCCGUGCGGUGCCGGCCUACACUACCUCCCCUGGGUGGCUGGCGUUUUCGGGUGACCGUAUGCGAGAGGUCUUGGAUGAGACUAUCGCAGAGGGGUUCACCGUUUUCAAAUUCAAGGUCGGUACGAGUGUCGCCGCGGACCGUGAGAGACUCUCUGCCGUGAGAGAAAUCCUGGGGUACGAUGAGAAAUACCAGAUCAUGAUCGACGCGAACCAGGUGUGGAGUGUUCCAGAAGCGAUCGAGUAUAUGAAACAGCUGGUCGAGUUUAAGCCGGUCUUUAUUGAAGAGCCAACAAACCCGGACGAUGUACUCGGUCACGCGACGAUACGAAAGGCACUCAAGCCGUAUGGUGUGGGCGUUGCCACUGGAGAGGCUGCCCAGAACCGCGUCACCUUCAAGCAACUCCUACAAGCCGAAGCGACGGAUGUCUGUCAGAUUGAUGCCGUUAGGCUCGGCAGCGUGAAUGAGUGUUUGGCCGUUAUGCUUAUGGCACUGAAAUUCAACGUGCCCUGCGUGCCACAUAAUGGGGCCAUGGGUCUGACUGAACUCACCUCCCAUCUCAGUAUAAUCGAUUAUGUCGCUAUCAGUGGGAGAAAGUCAAUGCUCGAGUAUGCUGACAGUCAUCGGGAGAGUCUGCGCCACCCCUCCAAGAUCGAAAACGCGCUCUAUGUCACACCAAUGGAGCCUGGAUACUCGAUUGGUUACACUGAGGAAGCUCUGGAACGCUAUACAUAUCCCACAGGUAGCUUUUGGAGCAGCGAUAUCGGCCAGCAGAUAAUCGCUCAGCCCACAGGCGGAGAACUAUAG